AUGGCCGGAACACAGCCCGGAUUUGAGUCACGAGAUGACUUGGAAGACGAGAAAGCUUGCACAUCCGAGAACGUGGAGAACUUUAGCAACUUUACUACCAUCGAAAACAUUCCAGUGCUGGGCCUUUCUCAUGAUGAUGCCCAAUUUUAUCACAGCUUUUCCCCGGAAAGACGGAACAAAGUCAGGCGGAAGGUCGAUAUCAGACUAGUCCCCAUGCUUGCUGUCCUCUAUCUGGUCUCCCACCUGGAUAGAGCCAACAUCGGUAAUGCAAAGAUUGCAGGGAUGACAGAAGACUUGGGCUUGAGCGGUAUUCAGUACAAUAUUGCGCUCAGUCUGUUCUUUAUUCCAUAUGUGCUCCUCGAGGUACCAAGUAAUAUCAUACUCAAGAAGUUCAGUCGGCCAUCGGUUUACUUGGGGAUUUUGAUUGUCAGUUGGGGAAUUAUCAUGACUUUGACGGGCGUCGUCCAAAACUUCGGAGGACUAGUGGCUGCACGAAUCUUCUUGGGAGUCUUUGAAGCUGGAUUCUUUCCAGGAGCUGUGUACUUGUGUUCAUUCUGGUAUAUGCCAAGACAGCUUGCUACCCGACUUUCCUGGUUUUAUUGUGCUAGUGCACUAUCAGGUGCUUUCUCUGGCCUCCUGGCAGCUGGACUCACCGAAAUGGAUGGUGUCGGUGGCUACGAGGGUUGGCGCUGGAUCUUUUUAAUCGAGGGUCUACUGACCGUUGUCUUGGGGGUUGCGUGUUUCUUCUUGCUCGUGGAUUCCCCCAAGCUGUCUGGCAGAUGGCUUGACCAAGAGGAAAUUCGGUACCUCGAGAUACAGCACUUUAUCAAAGAAGGUGGUCGGUUCAAGGACGAACAGAAAGCAUCUUCGUUGAAAGAUGUCAAGGCGGUCAUGCUCAACUGGAGAAUGCAUUUGCUGGCCUAUAUUCUUAUUGGCCAGGGUGCCUGUUCCUACGGAACAAAAUUCACUCUUCCUACAAUCACAAAAGGAAUGGGCUUCGAAGGCACCAAUGCGCAGCUCAUGACGGUUCCGCCCUAUGUGGCUGGUGCCAUAUCUGCUGUCAUCUUUUCGACACUGUCUGACAGAUUCUACCGGCGCAUGCCAUUCGUGGUAGCCCCAUUGUUCCUCAUUGUCAUCGGUUAUGCCAUCAUAAUGGGACUCAAAGGUCAACUCCAGGCGAACAUAGGACCCGGAUUUUUCGCAAUCAUCCUGACCUGCAUGGGAAUAUACCCUGUCCACCCUGCCACAUCAUCAUGGACAUUGAACAACCUAGCUCCCUCCAAUCGCCGUGCGAUUGGAAGUGCUUUCAACAUCUGCAUUGGUAACCUAGGUGGCAUUGUCGGCAGCUAUAUGUACCUUGACAAAGAAGCCCCAUCCUACCCCACAGGCUUUGGCUUGUCUUUGGCCUUUGGCGCAACGGGUAUCAUUGCAGCUGUCGUUCUCGAAUUCUCAUACAUUUAUGCCAAUAAGCGGAAUGGCAGUAUGGACGAGGCAGAGAUCCGUGAGAAAUACAGCGAUGAGCAACUGCUCCAGAUGGGAGAUAAAUCUCCACUUUUCCGGUAUACGCUGUGA